AUGAACAAUGAAAACAUAGAAUUAUUAGAAAAGGGUUUUGAAUUGUCAGAAGAUGGCGUUGAAUCGUCAGAAGAAGACAUUGAAUUAUCUGAAGAGGACGUUGAAUUUUUUAAAAUUUAUGAAAAGACUCCUAGAUCAAAUAAAGCUUGGAUAUUUAAAGGACCAACAAAACUUCCCAUUAAAUUACCUGAUGGUAAAAUAAAACAUCAAGAACCUGAUGAUAAUUCCAAUAAUGAAACUGACGAAAAUGAAGAAGAUUCAUCUUCAGAUAGUGAUAAUAAUAAUUAUGAUGAGGAUCUGCAAGAUGACAUGGAGGUUGAUGAAUUUAAUUCCAGUCAGAAUACAUUAAGUGAUAAUGAUGCCAUUCAAAAGAAAGAAGAAUUGGCUGCAAUAGCUCAAAUGAUUGUUGAAGAUCCAGAAAAUAAUAUCGGGCAACUUAAAGUUUUGAGAAAGAUAGCAACGAAUAAUAAUCUAAAAAUCAAAAAGUUGGCAAUAUUGACUCAGCUUGUAGUAUAUAAAGAUAUAAUUCCUGGGUGCGAUUUCUACUUAAAUAUGUUUGUCUUUAAUAUCCUUCAAUUUCAUAUUAACCAUGAACUUAAUAACUAUAGAUAUCGAAUACGACAAUUGACCGAUAAAGAAAAAGCUGCAAAGGUGUCCGAAGAAGUCAGAAAAUUACGACAUUUUGAACAAAGUCUUGUAUCUAAUUAUCAAGCUUAUUUGAAAUCUCUGGAAGCUGAAUUGAAAGAAGAACUAACUAUGAAAACAUUAAAUGAUAAAAAUUCUGUUAAUGAUAAAACUAAAGGCAAAAAGAGGAAAUUUGAUAAACAAGAAUCAAAAAAAAAAUUGUCAAAAAAAUUGAGGAAAUUGGAUAAAGAGAGAAGAGGGGUUGAGAAAGAAAUGAAAGAGGCUGAGGCUGUUGUAAAUAGAGAGGAAAGAGAAAAAAGAACAUUGAAAUUAGUCUUUAUUACUUAUUUUCGAAUAUUAAAACAUGCCAACUCAUCACCACUUUUGGUUUCUGCGUUAGAAGGAUUAGCAAAAUUUGCGCAUCUUAUCAAUGUUGAUUUUUUUAACGAUUUACUGGAAUUGCUCAAAAAGUUAAUGUUGGGUCAACAAAUUGAAGACAAUUAUGAGAAUUCUUGUAAAAGAAUAGAUACAAGGAAAAGUUUAUUAUGCAUAAUAACUGCAUUUCAUUUACUUUCUGGCCAAGACUUGGACGAUCCUGAAUUAUGCAACCCAUUGGCAACUAACUUGUGGGAGUUGAGUUUGUUAGAGAACCACUAUGAUCCAAAAAUACGUGCUAUGGCAACAUCAUUAGCAACUUAUAUACCGGAUAGUGAGAAAUCUAUGUAA